GAAAAGUCUGCAGAAGAGCUGGCAAAGAUGGCUGAGAUUGAUAUGCGAUGUCUAUCCCUCUGCACAGCAAUGUUAGAAAGAGUCAUGAGUACAUUCGAUGAAAACUCGACUUUGGAUGGAAUCUUGGCCGAAUUGAUUAUUCCAGCCGUGAAGAGCAAAGAUCCUACGAUGAGAGAACGGGGAAUGAUAACUUUGGGACUUUGUUGCUUGAUUCACAGAGUUGAAAAGGCAUCUUCAAAUCUGAAACUCAAAGCGCUACAGAUCGUGUUUGAUCUCUUAACCAUGUACGAGCGCGAUUUCCUUAUGGCACCUGGAAAUGAAGAAGUAAGCAAGAAAUUAUGUGUAGGUCCCAAUAUUAACUCCUUUCAGCAAAAUACUCUGGACCAGGUCACAGAUUUCCUGCUCAAUGUCCUCGGAAACGCAGAUAGCGAUUCGAUCCAAGCUACCGCGGCCCUAGGCUUAUCAAAGCUCAUGAUAACGGGGGUCCUGCAGCAGGACCGGACUCUAGGGAACCAACAACUCCGGCAAUGCCUCUCCAUAGCACUUCCCAUCUAUGCAUAUUCAACUUCCUCCAAUCAACAACGCUUGCAAAGAGUUAUCAUCCCGUCUAUACAAAUCCUGGAUGAAGUAUAUCAUGAGCUGGAAGGGGAACAGGAAAUGAUCACACCACUUCAGAUCCUAGGGACGCUG